GCAGCCACAACAACAACAACUACACCUGCCCAACAAACAACAGAAGCUACAACCACACCCACAGCAGCCCCAACAACAGCAAUGACAGCUCCACCUACUACCGCAGCUGCUCCAACAACAGCCCCAACAACAGCAAUGACAGCUCCACCUACUACCGCAGCUGCUCCAACAACAAUGAUUGAUAAAACUUUAACCAUGCUUGUUCCAACAACUACCACAGCAGCUGCAACAAUAUCCACAGGUGCUCCAGCAACAACCACAGUUGCUGCGAGUGCAACCACAGCUUCUGCAACAACAACCAUGACAGCUUUAACCACAACAACAGCAGCUUCAACAACAACUGCCCCAACUACAACCGCAGCUGCAUCAACUACUACAACAGCAAUUCUAAAAACAACUACAACAGCUGCUCCAACAACCAUGACUGAUACAACUACAACCACAGUUGUUCCAACAACUACCACAGCAGCCCCAACAGCAGCUUCAACAACAACUGCCCCAACUACAACUGCAGCUGCAUCAACUACUACAGUUGCUGCGAGUGCAACCACAGCUUCUGCAACAACAACCAUGAUAGCUUUAACCACAACAACAGCUGCUUCAACAACAACUGCCCCAACUACAACCGCAGCUGCAUCAACUACUAAAACAGGUGCUUCAAAAACAACCACAUUUGUCCCUCGGUCAACCUCAGCUUCUACAACAUCAACCAUGGCAUCUCCAAUUACAAUCACAAGAUCUCCAGCAACAACCACAGUUGCUGCGAGUGCAACCACAGCUUCUACAACAACAACCAUGACAGCUUUAACCACAACAACAGCAGCUUCAACAACAACUGCCCCAAUUACAACCGCAGCUGCAUCAACUACUACAACAGCAAUUCUAAAAACAACUACAGCUGCUUCAACAACAACCACACAUGCCCCAACUGCAACCACAAUUGCCCCAACUUCAACCACAGUUGCCCCAACAACAUCCAAGCGUGCUUCAAAAACAACCGCAUUUGUCCCUCGGUCAACCUCAGCUGCUACAACAACAACCAAGGCGGUUGUUCCAACAACUACCACACCUACCCAACAAACAACAGAAGCUACAACCACACCCACAGCAGCCCCUACAACCAUGACUAAUAAAACUACAACAGUGCUGCCCCAACUACAGCAAUGCAGCCCCAACAACAGCAAUGACAGCUCCACCUACUACCAAGCUACAACCACACCCACAGCACCCCCAACAACAGCAAUGUCAGCUCCACCUACUACAGCAGCUGCUCCAACAACCAUGAAUGAUAAAACUAUAACCAUACUUGUUCCAACAACUACAACAGCAGCUCCAACAACAACCACAGCUGCCCAAACAACAACAAAAAUAUCUCCAACAACAACCACAGUAACUCCUGUGACAACCACAGCUAAUGAUACAACACCUGCAACUACUUCCAAAGUAGCUCCCUCAUCGUCGACCAUAGCUGCCACAUUAACAGCCACAGCAGCUCCAACAACAUUCACAGCUGCUCCAACAAACACCACACAUGCCCCAAUUACAACCACACAUGCGCCAACUAAAACCACAGCUUCCUCAACAACAGCCACAGGUGCUCCAACAACAACCACAGUUGCUCCAAGUACAACCACAGCUGCCCUGAUUAAGAGCCCAGAAGCUUCAACUACAAUUAUAGCCACCCCAACAAGUGCAAGUUCCCCAACAGCUACUGCCACCGCCCCGAAGAAAACUACAGGAACUCCAGCUACUACCACAGCUGCUCUAACAACCACGACCUCUCCAACUACAGCAACAGCAGCCCCAAUAACAACACCUGCCCAACAAACAACAGCAGCAGCCCAGACAACAUUCACGGCAGCCCUGACAUCAACCACAUCUUCCCCAAAAACAACCACAGCUGCUAUAGCAACUACCACAGCUGUCACUGCUACAACAAUUUCAGCUCCAACUAUUACCACAGCAGCCCCUAAAACAACUACACAUGCCCCACUAACAACCACAGCUGCUCCAACAACAACCACAGCUGCCCAAACAACAAUGAAAAGAUCUCCAACAACAACCACAGUUGCUCCAAGUACAACCACAGCUGCCCCGAUAAAAAGCCCAGAAGCUUCAACUACAACUAUAGCCACCCCAACAACAAGUGCAGGUGCCCCAACAGCUACCACAACUCCCCCCAAAACAACUAAGGCAGCUGUAACUACUAUCACAGCAGCUCCAACAACCAUGACUGCACCAACUACAACCAUAGCUAUUCCAACAACUACCACAGCAGCCCGAACAACACCCACAACAGCUCCGACACCAACCACAACUGCCCUAAAAAGAACUACAGUAGCUCCAACAACAACAACCAAAGCUGGUCCAACAACUAGCACAGCUCCUCCAACAACAAGCUUAGCUCCCACAGCAAAGACGACAAGUGUUUCAACCAAAACCACUUCUGCUCAGAAAACAGUUAAAGAGUCUCCAACUAAAAAAACUGUGGAUUGUUGUUUGGAUAAAACAAGUAAGUUAAAAUUCAGAAAUAAAUUAGAGGUUGGCAAAGCAGAAGGAGAAAUGGAUAAUUCUUGAAACAUUUUUUGAAAAGUUCUCAUUUAAACGAAACCUGAGAAACAACAACUUCUUUAACAACAUAAGCCGGACAUAAUUUGGU